AUGCUGGUGGAGCGCAGACCGGCCAAGCCCGGGGUGCUCGUCGUCACCUACAUCGCGGAGCACUGCCACGCCGUGCCGACGAUGCUCAACGCGCUGGCCGGGACCACGCGGCACAGGUCGGCGUCGUCCGACGGCGACGGCCACCAGGCGUCCCACGGCGCGUCGGACGAGGCGUCCGCCGGCAGGCGCAAGGAGGACAGCGCCGACGCGUCCUCCAUGACCGUGGACGGAGGCGGCGGCGCGGAGAUGGCCGACGACGAGAACGAGCCGUGGCAGCAGGCGGAUAUGGCGCUGGACGACUAUCCGUUGGAUUUGGACGAUUUCCUGGGGCCGUUUGAGGACGGCUUCGAUCGGUUCUUCGAGGACGACGACGGUGUUCUUGAACGCCGGGUGUCACUGUAGUUGGGAACAGGGCAACUGAUUAUUGACUGCAAACUGCUAAACUGUCUCUUUGAUUCUUUCUUCUCUCGUCGAUUCAGA